AAGCCAAGCCAGCGAGUGAUUGAAAAGGCGGCACCAACUGCUGACAAAAAUAGCUAACCGGAAAAGUUUAGUAGAUAAAUAAACAAAAUGAGAACUGACAAUGUUCAAGUUAUAGUUGGGAAUAUUAUCCAUUGUAGUGAUCGGUUUAAUGUGCAAUUGAUUAAUAAUGGAUUCAUUAUCAUCGCCGGUUCUAAGAUUUUAGGUAUAGGUAUCGAAUCAGAUCUAUCUGAAACGGUAACCAGACUGAAAUUAAAGAAUUUUAGUACCCGGCUAUUAAAGAAGUCACAAAUCCUUAUACCCGGCUUGGUAGACACACAUAUCCAUGCUCCACAAUAUCCAAAUUGCGGUCUCGGAUAUGACAUGCCUCUGUUGGAUUGGCUUAACAACUACACCUAUAAAUUGGAGAGAAAAUAUAAGGAUUUGGAAUUUUCAAGACGAGUCUAUACCACUUUGGUGCAAAAAACUCUUUCCCAUGGCACAACAACAGCCUGUUAUUUUGGAUGUUUAUUUAACAGCAGUACCAAUCUCUUGGUAGAUACAGUAAUUGAACACAGACAGAGAGCCCUUAUAGGAAAAAUUAACAUGACACAUUUGGCACCUGAAGAUUACAUAGAAACACCAGAAGAAUCUAUUAGUAAUACCAAAGAAUUCAUCAACUAUGUUUUGUCCAAGGAAUCAAACUUAGUGAAACCGAUUAUUACUCCAAGGUUUGCAUUAAGUGUUGAUAUGGCCUUAAUGAAAGAGCUGGGUGUUUUAGCAAAAUAUCACAAUCUACAUAUACAAACCCAUAUAUCCGAAAAUGUAGAUGAAGUGGCCUUAGUUCAAUCACAAUAUAAAAUGAAUUAUGCUAAAGUUUAUGACCAAGCAAAUCUAUUAACAGAAAAAACUAUUCUAGCGCAUGGAAUAUAUUUAUCCGAUGAAGAAAUCAAGCUGAUCGCACAACGUGGUACUUCGAUUUCACAUUGUCCAGAUUCUAAUAUUUGUCUAAAAUCUGGAAUAUGUAAUGUACGAAAACUUCUUGAUAACGGCGUUAAAGUAGGAUUAGGAACAGAUGUGUCGGGCGGAGCUUCCCCAUCAAUUAUGAAAACAAUGAAAUCAUGUUUGGAUUCCUCCAUCGUAAGUUCAUUCCAGGAUAAAACUUACAAACCUUUCAACUAUGAAGAAGUAUUUUAUUUAGCAACACUUGGGGGAAGCGAAGCUUUAGCACUGUCCAAUACAAUUGGCAAUUUCCAAGUAAAUAAGGAAUUUGAUGCGCUUAUUGUAGAUAUGGAUAUUGAUAAUGGAUCCGAUUACUUGAUAGAGUAUGAACCGAAAGAAAUUUUGCAGAAAUUUAUUUAUACAGGAGAUGAUAGAAACAUCGUUAGUGUAUACGUCGCUGGAGAGUUGGUGAAAUAGUAUUAUUAAUGUUAAGAAACGAAAUGUAUAUUUAAAAUUAUUUAUAAUAAAAUCUAUUGUUUCU